CAAAAGAGAGAGAGAGAGAGAAAGAGAGAGAUGACGAUAAAAGGACUGGAUGGUGGUGCACCAAAAGGUGAAUUAAGAGAGACGGGAGAAGGAAAAGGAGAUCAGCAGGCCGGAAAACCAGCAAGGGGCGAGGAGUUGGCGGAGGGGGAGGAGAGCACGGAGACGGACAUGAAUUACAGGAAGAUGGAAGAAAAGAGAGCAUCGUUCUGUGUGAUGCCUACGAGGCAUUACACACGGUCCCUGCUGCCUAGGCUUCGAUGGACUCGAGCUCUCCACCUUCAGUUCCUACGUGCUGUUUCAAGACUCGGCGGUCAAGAGAGUGCCACGCCAAAGUCGAUUCUGCAAGCCAUGAAUGUGAGAGGACUGCGUAUCAGCCAUGUAAAAAGUCAUUUGCAGAUGUAUCGGAACAAGAUAGCAAGUGACAUUGAACAAGACAUAUAUGAAGUAGGCAAAGGGAAAGCUCAUACUGGAAAGCAAACGACCACAGGUUUAAUAUUGGAUCAACAAGUGCAGUUUAUGCAAAGGAAGGAGCACUAUCCAAAGGGGGCUGCCUUGCAGUAUCCUUUGAUGGUUCGAAGAGGCAGCAACCACAGCAACAACUAUAACUUUUUCAACCUCGAUCACUAUGUCCUUCCGCCUUCUCACGGCCCUGUUCUUCCACCUAGUGGUGGGCCAUUUCAGGGAAAUGCUGGAAGUUAUUUUACGUAUGGAACAUCUGGUGGGGGCCCGACGGGCAAUUUCCCUGCCCACAAUCACCCCAACAGUCCCGAACCAAGGCUGGUAUCUUUUGGGAGCUCAGAACUGCAGAAGCGAAGGCAUACAAUUGAACCAGAAGAAGAAGAAGAAGAGGAAGAGGAAGGAGGAGGAGGAGGACGUGCUGUUACAGAGGUUACUAUCCCAUGGGUUAACCUGUCUUGUAAUAGAAGCAACGGUGGUUCAUCCCGUGUAGAAUUGGAGCUCAUCCCUCUGCGUCCAUCAAGUGACUGUAAGGUAAAUCAAGGCAAAGGAAUGCCAACACCAUUCCUUUGGCUGGAGCUGGGUCUGCAGUCGGGUGUUCCUUCCCCUUUCAAGCCAGUGGAUGCUGAAAGUAGUGGAAGGAUAUUCUUACCGGAGGAAUAGAGAAUCUACUUCCCCUGUUUGUUCACUGCAAGUUGAAAACUCACAGGCAUCUGACGGAGAAGAAAGUGGUGCAGGUGAGGCUAGUUUUUUCAU